ACUCGUCGAAAAUUUUUUAUCAACAGUCCACAGAUUGACACGAUAUCCCUUCUAUCCGUUGGAUACUUAGAUUGGUGCUCUCUUUCUGAUGUCUUCCCGUUGGAUAAGGCGUCAAGAAGACAAUAACUGGUUUUCCAGCCGGAGAUGAAAUUACCAGUCAUGGCGGCCAUUUCUUCCAUUUCAGUGGCCCCAAUGACCAAAACCCCAGUUUCAAAUCUUACUCCAAAAUUUUACGUGAACUUCUCGACAUCCAAGUCAUUUCUUCGCUCAAGUUCCUCGUUUCGGAGACCUCGAAUUCAAGCAGUGAAACCAUCGUCCUUCGUAUCAGAAGAACAACACAAACGAGAUGAAGAAUCCAUGAGUAUUGACAACCUGCAUCGUUUUAUUGCGCUGAACUUGGGCAACUGGAACGGAUCCUUCUAUCAAUUUGAUCCUUACGGAAAUUUGUUGCAAAAAGUGACUACGAGACUUGCAGUGAGCUCCUAUGGCGAAGAUGAGCUGAUUAGUUUAAUUCAAACGCUAUACAUAAAACAGCCUUCUUCAAGUGCUUCAACUUCGGGAUAUGAUUCUGAACCUGAAUGGGCAGAGUACAAAAUCAAAGAAACUAAUAUGUUUACUGUGGACAAUUAUCAGCAGAUUGGAUUUUUCCCCAAAGAGAGGGCAUUUUCUCUAAGGUAUCAGACAGCUGGAAUGUUGGAGACUGUACUAAGGCAAGGGAUUCUUGGUGAAGAUGAUAUUGGUGAAGAAUCACCCAAAAAUCUAAAGCUACCCUCACAACGACCUUCUGUUGUCUGCGAGAAUUGCCUAUAUUCACAGGAGAAAGAUAUGCGAGCAAGAGUUUUCCAUAUCCUGGAUCCAAAAGGUGUUCUUGAAAUGCUGCUUGUCUUCCUUGAAGAAAGAGGAAACGAGUUGACUCUUCCUUCUUCUCUAGACAAUGCUAAGAAUAGCACAAAUAGGAUACAACCAUUUCUUGGUAGGUGGAAAGGACAUUCUAUAACUAAACGCAGUGGUGUUUAUGGAGCAACAAUUGUAGAAGCUGAUACAAUUGCUUUGCUUGAAAUUGAUGACAAUGGUCAGCUAAUUCAGGAUAUUACUUCAACAUCUGAUGGAGGUGAUGUUGCUACCACUGUCCAUUGGACUGGCCACUUAUUGGAUAACCUGAUUACAUUUGAUGGAGGCUAUCAGAUGACCUUGUUGCCUGGAGGUAUGUACAUGGGGUGCCCAUGUGAUGUGGCAAAGAGUGUGGCAGAAUUAAAGUCGUUCCAUCUGGAGUUCUGUUGGCUGGAGUCCCCUGGCAGGAGACAGAGACUUGUACGUACCUAUGAUAUUGAGGGUUUGGCAGUGUCUUCGACGUACAUUCUUGAGACACAACUAUAAGAUGAUACAUACAUGCUAUAGUUGCAUAUAAAGAUUUAGAAAUCUUUAAUUUUCCGUAUAGCCUAGCAGUCUCUAAUUUUUGUUUCUCUGUUGUAGUUUAAAGAAAACUUCUUAUCAUUUUAAUAUUCUUCAUUUAUCAUUUCUUGUAAUACAGCCUUUUUUAAUGAAUAAAAAUCCAUAUUUUACUUA